AUGGAUUAUAAUAUAUUACAAGCAAUUCGAUUCGGUCAUAAUCAAAUCAUAUUCUCGACACCAAAGGAAAGAUUGAGUGAUAAGAGUGAGUUGGGACAAUCCUAUCUUCACUAUGCGGCAGAGUCUGGUCACGACUCUAUAGUUCGAUAUCUUAUAAAUGUUUUUGAACGUGAUAGUGAGGGUAUGACACCACUUCAUUGGGCAGCUACUGAAGGUAAAUACCUUGCUUGUAAUACCAUCAUUCAAAGCGCUGCAAAGGCAGAGCUGACAUUAUCUGCCAGUAAUACAGUAUCGUCAUUGGUGAAUGCUGUAACACGUGAUGGUGAAACAUCGGUAUUCCUCGCCGCGAUAAAGGGAUCUGUACAAACACUAAACAUCCUAGUUCAACAUGGUGCAUCAGUAUCUAAUCAAAACAAACAAGGUGACACACCAUUACAUGUAUCAAUACUGAAUGGCAAUUGGGAUUGUAUAAACAAGUUGGUUCAAAGUGGAGCAAAUCCAAACAUUGAAAAUAUUAAUGGAAAAUCUCCUAUUCAACUUUGGGAACAAUGUCCACUUUCACAAACACACCAAUAUUUAUUUCAUAAUAGGGAUGAUUUAAUUCAAAUUAUUAAUCGAUUACAACAAACAAUUCAAGAAAAAGAUAGUAUCAUUGAAACCUUGAAUCAAAAUAGUGGUGCAAACAAGCAUGUCCAAGUUCAAGCGGCAGUUCCAGAACCUCCACCAAAAUCAUUUAUAGAUAGUGAUAAAUUAGAAUCUAUCAUUAAAGACAUUAACAACUUGGAAUCAACACUAUCCAAUUUAAAGAGGAAAAUAAAUAAUAAUAAUAAUAAUGAUUCAUAG